AUGUGCAACAACUACAGUGGCAUAGAAGAAGUUUCUAAAGCUGGAGCUGUUGGAGCGAUUUUGCAAUCAAGUUACCCGACCCCUGUGUCGUUUGUAGUUCCUACUGCGGCGUCGAGCUUCAAUGAGAGUAACUUCAACACAAUUCAGAGUUAUUUUAGCUCGACAAAGUCUCCAAAAGCAACUAUACUCCCUAGUGAAUUAAUAACAAAUCUGGAUGCACCACGAGUCGCUGGCUUUUCUUCGAGGGGACCAAAUAUCAUCAUUCCGGAUAUUUUGAAACCAGAUAUUACAGCACCAGGGGUUGAAAUCCUAGCUGCCUAUUCACCUUUAGCUUCACCAUCAGGUGAAGAUGACCCUUAUGAUUCAAGAUCUGUGGAUUUUAAUGUUAUGUCCGGAACAUCCGUUGCUUGCCCACAUGUCACCGCAGCAGCUGCUUACAUAAAAUCAUUCCAUACUGAUUGGUCAGCUUCAGCAAUCAAAUCGGCUCUUAUGACGACAGCCUGGAGAUUGGAUCCCACAAAGGACAAGCUAGCAGAAUUUUCUUACGGAGCUGGACAUAUUGAUCCACGAAGAGCUGUUGAUCCUGGGCUCGUGUACGAAACAUCCACGGCAGAUUAUGUUACUCUUGUUUGCAAUUUGGGAUAUGCGAGACUAUUAUCAAUAAAUGGCAGCUGCGCUACUGGAGAAAGGAGUACUGCACCCAAGGAUAUGAACUACCCAUCAAUGACUGUUCGAGUUAACGGGAGCAGCUUUUCGGAGAAUUUCGUAAGGACAGUUACGAAUGUGGGAGCUGAAAAUUCGAAAUAUGAGGUGAAAACGACUAGCAGUUCAGAUUAUACUAUCACGGUGAACCCCAAGAUCCUAACAUUUAAAGCAUUCGGAGAAAAGAAAUCAUUUGAAGUAAUUAUCAAUGGGAAGAUCAAGGAGUACAUGAUCUCGGCCUACAUUGAGUGGAAUGAUGGUGUGCACACAGUCCGUAGUCCGGUGGUUGUGUACUCUGAUUCGAUAAAUCAACCUAGUCACGGUACUGGAGAUGAUGGUUCGAUGAACCAGCAAAAUGAGAACAAGAAGAAACAAUGUCUGAGAAAGUACACAGACGAGUCCGUGAUUUAG